AUGUUUGCCCGGCCGAUCGAGCUUCUCAUCGCCGUAUCGGCUCUCCUGCACAUGGACCACGUGUCGGGCCAGUGUAUCAGUACGCCGUACGUCUCCUGGCACUCGUGUGGAGUACCUCACUAUGCGAAUCCACAAUCGUGUGAUCGAGCGGACGUCUUUUUCCAUAUCUAUCGGGAGACCAACUGCGUUUCGUCUAACCCGGUCGUGACUCUCGAUUUCACGGCACCUAUAGCGAGCAGUGGUGAUGCCUAUGGCUAUAUCGAGGGCGACUCCACCAGCAUAUCAGGGGACGUAUCGGAUGACCAGUUGAGCAUCACAUUCGACAUGGGCGAGGCCGGUCUAGAUCCAUUUUAUGUGCUGACCGAGACACAGGAUCACUACUACUGGUAUUUUUGGGUUAUUCUUGACAACUGCGACACCGCCUACACGUGGAGCGACAACUUCGUCCAGCUUUCCUACGUCGACGACGAGCAAAACAUCAUCGACCUCUCCGGCUUUGAAGAUCCUAACAUCGAUGAGACUGACACCGGGAUAUGUUCCACUCCUAGCCCGGUCGCGCCAACGCCUGUGACCGACGCCACCCCUGCCCCCACCCCUGCCCCGACCAUGCGUGGCGCCUACUGCCACGGUGACCCGCACUGCCAGACGUUCGACGGUCUCUACUACGACUGCCAUGGGGAUGGGGACUUCGUGCUGCUCGAGUCGGCGGACACGGGAGCCGUGGUGCACGCGCGGUUUGAGCCGCUCGUCAGCCCCGAUGCCUCUUUCACCACCGGCGUGGCCGCAACCGAGGGCGGCUCCUCGGUGAUCGAGGUCACCGUGAGCGAUGGCGAGCGCACCAUCUUGAUCGACGGAGAAGCGUAUGCGUACGACGAAGGAGACGACUUGCCGGCAACCAUGACGGGGGUAGCCCUCACAGUCACGGACCAAAACGUGGACAUGCUGUUUCCGUCGGGGUUGCAGGUUAAUGCCAGGCGCUGGUUCACGGACCCGAACUACAUCGGGGGUGUCUACGUGUACGCGCCACUCGACAUGCCCACGGUCGGCGUUCUCGGCACCAACAACGGCAACAGGGCCGACGAUUGGACGGACUCCUCAGGCGAGACGAUUGAUGCGGGAUCGGCGUCUGUCGCCGAAGGGUACAACUACUGCACAUCCAACUGGGAAGCGGAAGAGAGCCUGCUUACAACAUCCUCGCGCCUCCGUUCACGCCGCUUGCAAACCAGCGAUUACGUCGCGCCAGUGAUCCCAGAUGUCAUCCCUACCGAUGUGGAAGAGCUGUGUGGCGAUAACACCGAGUGCAUCUUCGACGCGAUCGUCGUGGGCUUGGAUGUGGGAGCUGCCACCCUUGAAGCCGGCGAAGAGUUCGAGACUGAGGUUCAAGCAGCUGGCGGUGACGUGUGCGAAGAAAACGCCUUUAGCAGCGACGGCUUGUCUCCGUGCACCGACUGCCCAGACGGAGAAACCUCCGGCAGGGGCGCCGUCGUCUGUGAAGCGGUUUCGACGCCCAGCCCCACUGUGGUUGAAGAGCCUCCUACUCCCAACCCCACGCCCAGCCCCACUCCAGUUAUGGAUGAAGCAGCUCCCACUCCCAGCCCCACUCCAGUUAUGGAUGAAGCAGCUCCCACUCCCAGCCCCGUCGAAUGGCGCACACAACCUCCCACUCCCAGCCCUACUCCUGGCUCAUCACCUACGACGGGCUCUAGCCCCGAUUCGCUCGGGUGCUACGAGGACGACCGCGAAGACCGUAUCCUGGACGAUCUCGCUCUUUCCGACGGCUCCAUGACAACCGAGCUGUGCGAGCUGGCAUGCCUCGGAAGCACCUACUUCGCCACCCAGUACGGGCGAGAGAGCACUCCCAAUCCCACUCCAAGCCCCGCGGCAACAGGCCCUCUAGCACUUGGGUGCUACGAGGACGACCGCGAAGACCGUAUCAUGGACGAUCUCGCUCUUUCCGACUACUCCAUGACAACCGAGCUGUGCGAGCAAACAUGCCUCGGAAACACCUACUUCGCCACGCAGUACGGGCGAGAGUGCUGGUGUGGUUCGGCUGGUGUGGAGUACGCUUUGCACGGGGAGUCCACCGACUGCACCUACGCCUGCGCAGGGGACGCUGACCAAACGUGUGGCGGGUUCGACGCCGCCAACGUCUACCGCUACACGGAUGAGAGCACUCCCACAUCAUCGUUUGUCGGGUGCUAUCAGGAUGAGUCGGACGCCCGCAUCAUGGAACUCGCGCUGACGGACAGUUCUUCUAUGACCAAGGAGAUGUGCGAGGCGGAGUGCACCGGAAACACAUUCUUCGGCAUGCAGUACGGGAGGGAGUGCUUCUGCGGCGGGAGCUCAACCGACCUCUUGGAGCACGGGGAGUCAAGUGCCUGCAACUACGAGUGUCCGGGCGAUUCCGACCAAGUGUGCGGAGGAUUCUACGCCAUGAGCGUGUACUCCUAUUCGUAG